GUCUUGGAUCAAUAGUGGGCUAUUCAGCAGGGCACACGUGGAUGGGGUCAAUGAAUUCAUGUCCUUUGUUUCUGAGAGAUUCAGUGAUGAUGAAGAGAUAUUAUGUCCAUGUCGUCGUUGUUUGAAUCGGGUUCGUAGCUUUAAAGGGCAGAUCGAGGAUCACUUGUAUAUUUAUGGGAUGUCUAGUACUUACACUAGAUGGGUGCAUCAUGGAGAAUCAAUGGAUGUUGUAGCAGCUAAAAAUGAUGACCAUGUUGAUGAACAUACUAGUGUCAAUGAGGAUUUUGCCAUGAAUGUGGAUGAAGAAGAUGACCCAGAUGAUGGAAUUCAUGCUAUGGUAGAGGAGUUGUACACCGCUGAAGAGGAAGGUAAUGGGAAAAAGUCUAUGUUUGCAAUUCUAUUAGAAGAGAUGAAGCAAGAAUUGCACCCUGGUGGUCCUUGUACAAGGUUUUCUUUUGUGGUGAAGUUACUUCAUAUCAAGUCCUUUUACCGAAUGUAUAAUGGUUGUUUCACAGCAAUACUGAAGUUGUUGUCAUCAUCAUUCCCAAAUUGCUCUAUUCCCGCAUCAUAUGAGGAGGCAAAGAGAAUUAUUCGUGCAUUAGGGCUUGGGUACAAUUCAAUCCAUGUGUGCCCAAACAAUUGUAUUCUCUUUUGGAAGAAUUUAGAAAAAAAUGAUGUUUGUCCGGUUUGUGGUGCAUCAAGAUGGAAAGACAACGAUGGAAGAAAGAAGAUUCCUGAGAAGGUUUUGCGACAUUUUCCAUUGAUUCCUAGGCUUAAGAGAAUGUUUUCUUCCAAAAGAAUGGCAGAGGAGGUGCAAUGGCACAAGUUGAAGAGGAAGCCCGUGGAGAAUGAGCUCAGCCAUCCAGCUGAUGGUGAGGCGUGGAAAGACUUUGAUAGAAAGUAUGGGUGGUUUGCAAAAGAUUCCAGAAACAUCAGACUUGGCCUUGCUACUGAUGGUUUCAAUCCAUUUGGUAAAAUGAGCUCAUCGUAUAGCAUGUGGCCAGUGUUUCUUAUCCCAUACAACUUCGCUCCAUGGGAAUGUGUAGAGCAAUCAAACUUUAUGAUGGGUUUGCUUAUCCCUGGAAAAGAAUGUCCAGGAAAGGACAUUGAUGUCUUCUUGGAGCCACUUGUUAAGGAGUUGCUAGAGCUUUGCAGAGGUGUCCCUACUCUUGAUGCAAUUACUAGGAAGAAGUUUGAUCUACAUGCUGCUGUAAUAUGGUGUAUUCAUGAUUAUCCUGCUUUGAGCACAUUGUCAGGUAGAGUCACAAGAGGUUGUUAUGCUUGUGUGCACUGUGACAAAAACCCUUGCUCCAAAAGGAUAAGGAAUAAGGUAUGUUACACCGGCCAUCGUCGUUUCCUUGCUAAGGACCACCCAUGGAGGAGGAGCAAGGUGUUUGAUGGUACUGUUGAAAACCGUGAGAAGCCAGAGAAAUUUAGCACUGUUGAGCUAAUGGAGAAACUAGAGAGGGUCAAGGAUGUUAGACCAGGAAAGCAUCCUGAAACCAGAAAAAGAAAGCGGGACGAAAAGGGCCAAUGUUGGAAGCAAAAGUCAUGUUUGUGGGAUUUGCCUUAUUGGUCAAGUUUGAAGCUGCAACAUAAUCUUGAUGUGAUGCACAUUGAGAAAAAUAUAUGCGGGUACAUCCUUGGUACAUUUCUAGGCAUGGCUGGGAAGUCAAAGGACAGUAUAAACUCUAGGCUUGAUUUGGAAGAUAUGGGCAUUAGGAAGCAUUUACACUUGGUCCGUGAAGGAAAUUCAUACAGUGUUCCUCAUGCACCCUACAUAAUGACUAAAAAACAGAAGGCUGAUUUUUGUGAUUUUCUGGAGAGUGUGAAAUUUCUAGAUGGAUACGCUUCCAACUUAGCAACAUGUGUGACUGCUGAUGGAUGCAACCUCCAAGCACUGAAAACUCAUGAUUGUCAUAUUCUUCUUCAAAGAAUUAUACCUGCUGCUAUCCGAGGAAUCAUGGACAAGGACAUAUGCGAAGCACUUGCUGAAUUAGGUAAUUUUUUUCAGCAACUUUGUGCAAAAACUUUGAAGUUAGAUGUGUUGAAAAGGCUGAAAGAUGACAUCCCAAUCAUCCUAUGUAAGCUUGAAAAGAUAUUUCCUCCUUCUUUUUUUGAUGUAAUGUUACACUUGGCUGUCCAUUUACCUGAAGAGGCAAUUCUUAGAGGUCCAGUACAAUAUGGAUGGAUGUACCCUGUAGAAAGAAGGUUGCUUACAUUGAAACGGUUUGUGAGGAACAUGGCAAGGCCUGAAGGGUCCAUUGCAGAAGCAUAUGUUGCUGCUGAGUGCUUAACGUUUUGCUCAAGGUACUUUGGUGAUGAUGUUGAGACUCGCCACAAUCGCGAGGGAAGGAAUAGAGAACGUGUUGCUACUUUGGAAGGAGAGAUAUCUAUUUUCCAGCAUGGAGCACAUCUUCUUGGAGCACCAAAACUUACUUAUCUUGAGCAUGAUUAUGAAAAAAUGGUUUGGUUCGUGCUUAACAAUUGUCUGGAGGUUGAGCCGUAUAUUGAGUCUAUAAGAAAGAGUUAGAGAAUGAAGGAUGUCCUGAUGUUGAAAAAACAAUUGAGAAACAAUUUUCUCCCUGGUUUAAGAAGCAUGAGAGUUAGAUCUCUACUAAUUUCUUCAUGGUAUAUGAAGCAAAAAUUUUAUAUCCAUUGAUUUUUUGUGCAGCUUGCAAAACUUCGUUAUGUGGAGAAACAAGACAUAAGUGAUGACCUAUUUGCACUUUCAUGUGAGCCUGGGUUGCGAGUUCGAAUUUUUUCAGCAUGUCUUGUGAACGGGGUUCGAUUCCACACUGUAGAGCGUGAGAAAAAUAGAAGAACGUAAAAUAGUGGAAUUAUGGUUGAGGGUACACAUGACAAUCAAGAUGUUGACUUUUAUGGUUCCUUGAAGGAAAUAAUUGAGCUUAGGUACAACUCAGAUUCAGAUGGCCAUAGGACUGUGGUUCUAUUUCGAUGUGACUGGUAUGACACUCAUAGAAGGCGGUUUCGAAUGAAGGAAGAUGGGUUCUUCAGAAGCAUAAACCAUGGCAGCUUGUGGUACAAGGAUGACUCUUUUAUUCUAGCAACACAAGCAACAAAGGUAUUUUAUUUGCUAGACACCAAGUAUCAUGAGAACUGGCGAGUGGUUCAAAAAUUUUCACAUAGGCACUUGUGGAAUGUGGCUCAAAACGACAAUGAUAAUAUACCAAGUGCAGUGGUGUUGUCCUACCAAGACGACGAUUGUGAAGCUGUGCAUGUCCGUGUUGAUGCUAAUGUAAUUGAGAAAGAGCAACACUUAGUGAAGAUGGUGUUCGUGUUGAUGCUAGUUUAGUUGAUGACCUACGUGUGCAAAGAGAUGUUGAAGAACAAGAUGAUGAGUUAGAGGACGGCGAAGAUGAAACUGGAUGGCAAUAUGCUAGUGAUAACGAUAAUCCAACAGUCCCUGUAGAGGAUGAUGACGAUGAUAGUGAUUAUGAUGAGUAAUUUAGUUAAAUUUUGUUGUGGAGUAGAAGUUUGAAACCUGCAAGUUCUGUAAGAGUUGUUUGUAUAUGUGCUGUUAUGUUCCUUUGUAUGUCCUGCAAGAUAGUGUGCAAGUUCUGUAAGAAUUGUUUGUGUAUGUGCAGCUGGCUACUGAAUUUAAUUCGUGUAUGUGCUGUUAUGUUCCUUUGUAUGUCCUGCAAGUUUUUUCAGCCCACUAAAUUGAUAUUUGCUAGCAGUUUGA